AUGCCAAUUCUAGCCUCGCUCCCAGGCCUCAACCUCUUCUCUUCACUUCCAUCAAACCCACCACAAAACGACGCCACUUCACCCACUCCUUCCCCCUCCCCUCCCUUCCCCAUUCCCAAAUACCCUCCCCCCCGCAAACGAAAUCCCCAAAGGACCCUUCCCCAAUCCAACCCCGCCAUCUCCCUCCCUCACCGCCGUUCCAACUACCGCAAGCCAGUCAAAAAGGGAGUCAUCUCAUCGGACGGUGAUCGAUGCGUCGUCAUCGGCGAAAACGGCGUAUCCUAUCAGCUCCCUGGCGCUCCUUUCGAAUUCCAGUUCAGUUACUCCGAGACGCCGAAGGCCGAACCGAUAGCCAUUCGAGAGCCGGCUUUUUUGCCGUUCGCGCCGCCGACAAUGCCGCGGCCUUGGACAGGCAAGGCUCCGUUGAUAAAGUCGAAGAAGAAGAUUCCUCUUUUUGAUUCGUUUAACCCUCCUCCUCCCGAUAAAAAGGGCGUGAAAUACGUGGAAAUGCCAGGGCCGUUUCCAUACGGCAAAUAUCCGAAGGAAGGGAAAACGAGAGAGGAGAUAUUGGGAGAGUCGUUGAAGAAAUGGGAGAUUAAGAUGCUUGUUAAACCUCUAUUAUCCGAUAAUCGUCAAGUUAACCUCGGGAGGGAUGGAUUGACGCAUAACAUGUUGGACUUGAUACACACGCAUUGGAAACGGCGUCGUGUUUGCAAAAUUAAGUGCAAAGGAGUUCCCACCGUGGACAUGGAUAAUGUUUGUCGCCAUAUUGAGGAAAAAACUGGGGGAAAAAUCAUUCAUCGAGUUGGUGGUGUUGUUUAUCUUUUCCGGGGCCGAAACUAUAACUACCGUACUCGUCCACAGUACCCAGUGAUGCUUUGGAAACCAGCUGCUCCAGUCUAUCCAAAACUUAUCCAAGAAGCUCCAGAAGGAUUGACAAAAGCUGAAACUGAUGUGUUGCGGAAGAAAGGGAAAUCUCUUCUGCCUAUAUGUAAACUAGCAAAAAAUGGUGUAUAUGCUUCCCUGGUGAAAGAUGUUAGAGAUGCUUUCGAAGGAAGUCCUUUGGUGAAGAUUGACUGCAAAGGGAUGCAUGCAAGUGACUACAAGAAAAUAGGGGCUAAGCUCAAGGAAUUGGCUCCUUGUGUGCUAUUAUCUUUUGAUGAUGAACAAAUUUUGAUGUGGAGGGGACAGGAUUGGAAGUCAAUGUACCCAGAAGCUCCUUCAACCUUACUUCCUUCUAAAUCUGGCAUUUCAAGUGGUUUAGAUGAUUCAGCCAAGUCUUCUGACGAUUGUCAUACACCGGACAUCAAAAAUGGUAUAUCAAGCCCAAAAAUGAUGACCCUUUGGAAUAAUGCGAUCGAGUCAAACAAGGCAUUGUUGCUGGAUGAGAUUGCUCUUGGUCCUGAUGCUCUUCUGGAGAAGGUGGAGGAAUUCGAAGGCAUUUCUCUAGUCACAGAGCAUUCCUGUGAAGCAUUAGUCUUGUCCAGUGAAGAUGGUUCUGGUAGUUCCAUGGCAGAGUCGGAAGCUGGUUCUUACAGUGAGGAUUUUGGUGGUGAAAAUGAGAUUUACAGUGAUGAUGACAUCAUUAAUGAUGAAUAUUAUGAUGUUGAAGAGGUGGAUUCAUCUAUCCCGCUAGGGUCAUUACCUGUCGACAAGAUAGCAGAAAGGCUUAGACGGGAAUCAAAAUGAAGGGUCAUUCUGCUGGGCUGCAAUUUCUCUAGUCACCUAUUUAUUUGUUUUCACCAUCACAAGCUGGGUAGAAUGAGAUGUAUGAUUAUGUUAUAUUGUUGUCUUCUUUUCUUGCUCUAAAUGGCAAUGGAAACGUCUGUGUCAUCCUCUUCAUCUUCUCGCAACCCGCCAAGCUUUUCAUAUUGUACAGCUGUAGCUUUAAAUGUAACAUGUACAUACGUAAAUAUAUGAAUAUUUGGGUCCUUAAAUUCUUAUAAAUCGUAAUAUAUUCUUUGAAGCAUAUAUUUAACUUUUA